UAUGAGGGCUCUCAUCUUAUCUUACUCCCUGCUUCAUCCUCAAACAAUCAGAGAGAGCAGUUCUUUGAGAGCCACCGUACGUGUUUCUCGUGCGGUGCCUCAACUCUAACUCUACAGCAAUCACAGCCGUGCAUCGCCGGUCCUCCCGGAGAAAAAGGCCAAGUCAACCUCAAAUGCAUGUAACACAAGCCAAAACCACGUGCAACUCUCCCUCUACAUCAAGCAAUCUCUCCAGUGGAAUUCAACCCUAUGAUGAGCAGACCAUUCAGAACAAGUAAUCCCCAAUCUGUUGCUUAAUUCAAAGAUCAACAGCAGCCGAAGAAGAGAUCGAUAUGGCCUCCUUCUCAUCCUUCGUCCUGCUUCAACUCCUCAUCGGCGCAGCGACGCUUUGCGUUGCCUCCGCUCGGAACGCGACCACCGAGGGUGCUGUCGUUAAGUCGAGCCGCGUUAGCCCGGCGGCCGCGGUGGCGGAGUUCGUGGCGGCGCACAACGCGGCGAGGCGGGAGGUGGGCGUGCCGCCGCUGACGUGGGACGCGAAGCUGGUGAGGUUCGCCAAGGCGUACGCCAACCAGCGGCGGAAAGACUGCGAGCUGGUGCACUCCCCAGGGUACGCCUACGGGGAGAACAUCUUCUGGGGGCAGGGGCGGCGGUGGGCGAUACCGGACGCGGUGGGCAAGUGGGUGGAGGAGAAGCAGUGGUAUCAUCACGACACCAACUCCUGCUCCGGCCCCGAGUGUACCCACUACACCCAGAUCGUGUGGCGCACCACGCAGCGCCUCGGCUGCGCCAAGAUCAUUUGCAACAGCGGCGACACCUUCAUCGUCUGCGAGUACGACCCGCCCGGAAACUACGUCGGAGCCCGGCCAUACUGAACAGCCCAACACUUGCUCCUCUACGUACUAGUACCACUACUGUUGUUAUUAUCAUUAUAAUUCGAGACUGUCGAUGAUUGUACAUAUAGCGUAUAGCCCUCCACAAAGUUUUAUGUAUGCAAUUUACGAUAAUAUAAUAAAUAAUUUAUAAUA